CAAUGCAGAAUAGUAAACUCGUCAAGAGAUAGGGCAAAGGGCAGCCGUUGAUGUCGGGAAAGUGCAGCUGGUGGUACAAGAGCGGAUGAAGCCGAAGACAGCAAAAGGCACGUGAGGCAAUGUGGUGGGUGACAGGGCGCGUAAUGGUCAAACACACGGACAGCAGAGGUGAGGAUGAGUGCCUCCGGACUCUAAGAGACUCCUCUGCUGUUUCAGAAGACAGGAAGAAACACGAUCCAAACUAUUCGAAGAAGGUCAAGCAUGAUGAUGGCAUUUGAUCUCUCCGCAAAACGCGGGUCUGAGCACGGUGCAGCGAUCAUUGGGCCCGAGAGUCGCGGGGACAAUGAUGCUUGUUGAAGGGAAGGAGCGAAGAGUCAAGCCAAAGCCAGCACCACCAGGGAAUCCGCUCAUGUCGAGAACAAGUGAGUGCGCAUAGACGACUGGACUGAGCUGCAGUGUCCCACAAUGGCAGAGGCCGAUGCAAGCGCGGGGCCUCUGAACGAACCCGUCCCUUCUCACAGUCCCUCCGCGUCGACACCCACGUCAACCCAAGCACAGCAACCUUCUCCUGCCUUUGUCGCGCCCAGUGACUAUCUACGCCCUCGCGAGAGGGCCCAUGUCUCCAAGUCCCGAGGUCCUAUGAGCCCCCUCGACCACGAGCAGCUCGAUGGCCUGCGAGCUAUCCGCGAGUUCCUCAAAGUCCGCACAAGCUACGACGUUCUGCCCCUCAGUUAUCGCCUUAUCGUCUUCGAUACCGCGCUGUUGGUCAAGAAGAGUCUGAACAUUCUCAUCCAAAAUGGAAUUGUUUCUGCUCCGCUAUGGGAUUCCAAGACUUCGACCUUCGCUGGCCUCUUGACCACCUCGGACUACAUCAACGUCAUUCAAUACUAUUGGCAAAAUCCCGAUGCCCUAGCCCAAGUCGAUCAGUUCCGACUCAACAGUCUCCGCGACAUUGAAAAAGCAAUUGGCGUGCAGCCCAUAGAGACUGUCUCAGUACAUCCUCUUCAAUCCCUAUAUACUGCCUGUCGCCGCAUGCUCGAGUCUCGUGCUCGUCGUAUUCCGCUCGUGGACGUCGAUGAUGAGACACAACGCGCCAUGAUAGUCAGUGUCCUGACUCAGUAUCGCAUUCUCAAGUUUGUUGCCGUCAACGUGAAGGAUACUCAAAACUUGCGCAAGCCUCUGCGAGACAUUGAUUGCGGCACCUACGGCAACCUGCAGACAGCCACAAUGGAGACACCCGUUAUGGAUGUGAUACAUUUGCUUGUUAAAUACAGCAUAUCGAACGUCCCUAUUCUGGACAGCGAUGGCGGUGUCGUCAACGUUUUCGAAGCAGUAGAUGUCAUAUCGCUUAUUAAGGGUGGUGUAUAUGACGAUCUGAACUUGACUGUCGGCGAAGCUUUGCUCAAACGCUCUGAGGAAUUUCCUGGCAUUUUUACUUGCACCCUCAACGACCGCCUGGACUCAAUCUUCGACACAAUUCGAAAAUCACGUGUCCACCGUUUCGUUGUGAUUGAUGAGGACAAGAAGCUCAAGGGACUGCUUACUUUGAGCGAUAUCUUGGAGUACGUACUCCUCGAAGGCGAAGGAGAUGAGUUAUGAUGAAUUUUGGUUUUGAUACCCAUGGUAAGUUGGAGGCCUCCACGAGUACCACAUUUCAGUUUCCUCUACAGACUAUAUGGAGAAUUAUUUGUACAACAUCUUGCAGUUCAGUAUUCCAUUGCCGUGGGACUCAGUCAAGGA